UGGAAGCGAGGUAACGACAAACUGAACAGUGCAGGUGCAGCUGUACAGUAAUGUAUGCUUUAACCUACUGUUAAAACAUGUCAACAACAUAGAGUAGCCGUUCUUCGGAAACCUUCCCUAAAUUAUAACUUGUAGAGCAUGAGUCAGAAUGGCGUAAAUAAAACACAGGAAACGAGAGAGAUAUGGGAGAGACGCGGUUUGUCAGCCACACCACUCGGGCAGGACAAUUAAUCGAGACCAGAUGUGCAGUGAUUCGCAGACAUGUCGAACGACAAGAACCCCCUGAACAAGUUGAGGGAUCUAGCGGAUCUAAAGGACCAGCUGGAGGACAUCCAGAGACGUGUGGAGGAUGAGGUGCAGGCUGGGGUACCACAGGGGGGCAGUGUGCUGGCGUCCCCCUUCCUGAAGGGCUUCCUGGCCGGCUACAUUGUAGCCAGGCUACGUUCCUCUGCCGUCCUGGGCGUCGCCAUAGGAACUUGCACCGGCAUCUUCGCCGCCCAGAACUUUGAGGUGCCGAACAUAGAGCAGACUCUGAAGGACUACGCCAGCAUGCUGAGAGGACCCAAGUGAGACCAAGCAGGCGGAGAGAGGAGAUACUGCGUCUUCUCCUCCUAGGAGGAGGAACUGUGUGUCAUUGAACCAUCUCGACCUUCUCCAGAAUCUCUGAACCGGGAACUCCCGCCUCCACUCCCUGCCCAACCCCCCAAUCCCUCCGACUCUAAGUUUGCACUUGUUGGGUUUGAACUGUAAGAGAAGGUGACGUGUAUUGUUGGGUGGAAUGUCUCUUUAAAGAGAGCUGUGAGGUGUGUGUCUGGCUGGUUGAUGUAUCGUUUCAUUCAUCUGUGCAAUCAUUUCUCUCUGUGCAAUAGCCUCUGGGCUUGUCUGUCGCUUGUUUUAUAUAUCAACUGGACAUUAUGUUGUUGUCAUUGUUGUUUUGGGAAAGCGGGAUGUUUGGGAAGGAAGUGUUUUUAUUUUAAACAUUUUAUGUAAACAGUGUCUCAUCUCCACCUGCUUCACCUGGCUAGCUAGCAAUAAUAACUAUACAUUAUAACAUUAAAGCUGCAUCAU